AUGCAAUUCAACAAAGUCGUUGCUGCUACUGCUCUAGCUACUGCUGUUUCCGCUGAAGGUUAUGUUCCAGGUGAUGUUUGGACCACUUUGUCUCCAGCUGGUGCUAACUUAGGUGCUACCAACUACGGUUCCACUUUCGGUAUUGCUGUUCAAACUAUCACUAAAGUUGCUAAAAGAGCUGCUAUUUCCCAAAUUGGUGAUGGUCAAAUUCAAGCUCCAACUACUACUGGUGGUUUAUCUAAGAACACUGCUGCUCCAACUACUACCAUUAAGAAUACUGUCACUCAAAGAGUUAUUGUUUCCACUGGUAGCUCUGGUGACAAAGUUACUUCUACUUUAAGCCCAGCUUCCAACAACGGUAUGGCACCAUGGUCCAACAACACUAUGUGGUCCAACAACACUAUGUGGUCCAACAACACUAUGUGGUCUAACAACACUAUGUGGUCUAACAACACCGCUAGUGCCAGCACACCAUUACACCAAGGUGUCUCUCAAAUUAAUGACGGUCAAAUUCAAGCUGGUAAGGGUUCCAGUAUUACAUCUGCUCCAAAGUCUACCAGCACCAGUAAGACCAGUUCCAUCUCUGCUUCAACUCAAGUUUCUACUUCAACUUUCGAAAUUUCUAUCAAGGACGCUUCCUGUAAGAACAGCGGUACUUUGUCAUUGACUUUGAAGGAUGGUAUCUUAACCGAUGCUAAGGGUAGAAUUGGUUCUAUCGUUGCCAACAGACAAUUCCAAUUCGAUGGUCCACCACCACAAGCCGGUACCAUCUACGCUGCUGGUUGGUCCAUCACUAGUGAAGGUAACUUGGCUUUAGGUGACAGUGAUAUCUUCUACCAAUGUUUGUCUGGUAACUUCUACAACUUGUACGAUCAAUCUAUCGGUGCUCAAUGUGUUCCAAUUCACUUAGAAGCUGUUUCUUUGAUUGAUUGUUAA